CCAGAAUCAGACAGCACAGACGAUGCCGACAGGGAAAGAAAACUGUUUCAGCUUCACUCGUCUGAGUAUCUUCUAAAACUAGGAGAGCUGCAAAUGAAACAAGGCCCUGAUUUCUUAGAGUGCCUUAUCAAAGCUUUCCAUGCGCAGCGAAACUUUUUUCAGGAUGGAUUAAAUGCUACACAAAGUCUCCUUCCUUUCAUUGAGAAGUUUAUCUUCUUCUUUGCAUACUGUUCACCAGACUCAAGAUGAAGAGUUGAAAAAACUCUCAGAAGCUAGAGAAAAUCUUCAGAAGCAACUACAAUUAGAAGCUAAAGAGGAUGGAUUAAAUAGAAAAGAUUCUGGGUACAACUUGCACCAACAGCAAGGGGACAAACAGCAUGGAACAGAGAAGUCUGGUUUUCUGUAUAAGAAGAGUGAAGGCAUACGUAAGUUUGGCAGAAAAGGAAAUGUGGCGUAAAGUAUGGGUAUCUCACAAUAUCUCAUAGUACGGUGA